AUGAAGGCGGAGCUAAAUUUUCCGGCGGGAUUCCGAUUUCAUCCGACGGACGAAGAGCUCGUUAAGUUCUAUCUCUGCCGGAGAUGUGCAUCAGAGCCGAUUCCCGUUCCGGUUAUCGCAGAAAUCGAUCUUUACAAAUUCAAUCCAUGGGAACUUCCAGAAAUGGCUUUGUACGGAGAGAAAGAGUGGUAUUUCUUCUCACACCGAGACCGGAAAUACCCUAACGGUUCGCGUCCAAACAGAGCAGCUGGAACCGGUUAUUGGAAAGCGACUGGAGCUGAUAAACCGAUCGGUAAACCGAAGACAUUGGGGAUUAAGAAAGCCCUCGUCUUCUACGCCGGAAAAGCUCCGAAAGGGAUAAAAACGAAUUGGAUCAUGCACGAGUAUCGUCUCGCUAAUGUCGAUCGAUCUGCUUCGAUGAACAAGAAGAACAACUUGCGACUUGAUGAUUGGGUUUUAUGUCGGAUUUACAAUAAGAAAGGAACGGUGGAGAAGUAUUAUCCUUCCGAUGAGAAACCGUCGCCGAUGACGACUUGCACGUCGGACUCGAAAUGCUCAAGUCACGUGAUUUCACCGGACGUCACGUGCUCCGAUAACUGGGAGGUCCAAAGCGAGCCCAAAUGGAUUGAUCUCGACGACGCGUCGUUUGAGGCGUUUGACACGUCGAUGUUUAGCUCCGUCGAGUUAUUGCACAAUGACGCUUUCGUCCCUCAGUUUCCGUACGAGUCCGACCUCGCCUCUCCGUUUCAGGACCCGCCGGAGCAAAAACCGUUCGCGAAUUGGAGUUUUGCUCCUCAGCGGUAA